GGCACCAUGACUCCAUACGUAGAUACCGCCCAUUCCCAGGUGGCCAGCCAGUGCAGAUCGCCCAGUCACACACAAACACGCCCUUAUAACAACCACGCACGGAGUGCUGGGGGUGCAUGAGAACGCACCGCCGCCCUCUCCAGGGCGGAGAGGGGCGGCAGGUGGCCGACCCGCAGACACCCCCAGUGCACGCCCAUACACAUAUCACCGCCGGGAUAAGUAGGAGCGCGGCAAGACACACACACAGCAUCCCUUUUGCGAGCUUGGCUUGCAGAGCUCUCCUGUUUCCGGGCAUGUGUGCGAGGCCUUCAGGACAGUCUCUGCCACACACGAAGACCCAUCGUGGUGCAAUCGAUCUGCAUGCUGCGAGCUGCCAUCAUCCCUGCGACGCCGUUUGGAUGCUCUGAGGUCAGAGAAGGGCAACCAGGAGGGCCUGAUGACACCAGCAAUGACAUCCCUGUGUGAUUCCUCUGUGUGAUUGUCGCAGAAUCUGCGACUCACUAGGGGCUUCUUCCGCCGGCAUGUUCACCGAUGUGUGGCGAUGGCUGAAUGGCUUAUUCGCGGUGAGCCACGCGAUGGGAGCGGCAGCCUACAGUGAAACGGUCUGUCUGUGUUGAUGUUAACUGCAGACAUCCUCUGACGCAUCAGCCACUGUCCCUGCCGCUCAUGUGCCGCAACACCUCUCACCGACGGUCGCCGAGUACGUCAGGAGCUACUCACAGCUGGAGGCCCUCAUCGACGCCCAUCCCACCCAAUUCACCGCCGCCGUCCUGCUGCCCAUCCUCGAGCGGCGGCUGUCCGCCGUGGUGGCCGCCAUCUUUGGUGGCCUGGUGCAGGUGCCCCUACCUCAGCUCACCCAAGGUGCGGCCACCACUGCCCUCAUCGACCAGCUCAGCCGCCGGCUCUUCAUCCUCGAGAGGGGCGGCGACUGGGACAGAUGGCGGCCUCACCUGGAGAUGCUGUACUUGCUGAGGGGCGAGAGGGCUGUGGUGCUGGAUGACGACAACUUCGGUGUCUUCGGCAGCCGGGCGGCCUUUCUGGAUGAGAGGGAGGCCGUCCGGCAGUGGAAGAUACUCAGCUGGGGGGUCACUGUCAGGGAUGAUGAUGGCCAGCACAGACGACUGAUGGGCGGCAACUGGAUUUUCCGCCACAGCUUCCACACGAGCGGCUUCCAUUUCCUCAACCCCCGCGCCUCUGCCAGCCCCGUCUUCCCUAAUGUAUUCGAUCCCGCCAAUCCGUCCACAGAGCUAAAGGACUGGACGAGCCCUAGCUACACCUCCAUGGUGGCCUUCGUUCUUUUCGGCUGGCUCUAUAAUGGCGAUCACAUUCGUUGGAUCAAAUCCUGGCGGUCUUACAAUCCUGCUUCCACUGCAUCUCGGCGUGUAGGUAAGCUGCUGGCGACCUCUUCCAGCAAAGUGGCACAGAGGGGGGCGGGGGCGGCCGUGUUCGACAAGAAGUGGUCUGCCCGGGUGGUACGAAAGGGAGAUCCAUCAUCGGUGCCGGACGGGAAGAUAGAGAGCCACCAUCGGCGGCUGGUGGUGUUUGGCAGCGAGGCGAUGGGCGAAAGGCACAUGGCGAUCAUUUGGCUGAGCGAUCGGGAGUGUUAUUAUCCUCGUGAUGUCUUCAUCUAUUCAACCGAGCCGGCCCCCCACGGGAAGACGCGCACUGUCGUGAUGAGAGUGCUGGGGGAGCACCUGGAGGGCAAAGUGUGGCAGCUGGAGAGGGAGGUGGACGAGGACAGGCAAGCUACGGCCUGCACUGUGAUGUGAUCGGGGGCUUUGCCGUAAGUGUGUCGACUGUUCAUCCAGGACAGACAGAGAGAUGCUCGGCGGUCAAUGAGAGGGGAGACAGACAGACAGACAGACAGACAGCCGGGCAAGGGCUUUUUGCUCUCUGCCCGUCUGCUUGCAUGGGCCUCUGUGUCCGUUCCCUUGGCUGCAUCCUGCGUAUGUCUGUCUGGUGAGUGAGGCAUGACGUGGCGUGUGUCUGUGUUAAUGGCACACGGGAAUGAAUCAGCCCC